AUGCGAUUGUCCAGUCUGUAUGCAGUGUUACAUUGCUUUACAUAGCUUGCCAAAGCGGCCACGAAAAAAUUGUCCAAUACUUGACGAAACUCGGUGUCGAAAUCAAUCGCGGUAAUAUUAACGAUUGGACACCACUUCACGUAGCUUCCCUCAACGGCCACGAAAAAGUUGUCGAAUACUUGGCAACUAAAGUCGGCGCUGAAAUCAAUCUCGUUGCUAAUGAUGGUUGUACACCACUUCACAUGGCUUCCAACAAUGGCCACAAAAAAGUUGUCGAAUACUUGACGACAGCUGGUGCCGAAAUUAAUCGUACUGCUAACAACGGUUGCACACCACUUAACAUAGCUUCCUUCAACGGUCACGAAAAAGUUGUCGAAUACUUGACGACAGUCGGCGCCGAAAUCAACCGUUCCAAUAAUAUUGGUUGGACACCACUUCACGCAGCUUGCUUCAACGGUCACGAAAAAGUGGUCGAAUGCUUAGUAACAGUCGACGCCGAAAUCAAUCGCGCUAACAGUGACGGUUUGACACCACUUUACAUGGCUUCCUUCAACGGUCAUGAAAAACUUGUCGAAUACUUGACGACAGUCGGCGCCGAAAUCAAUCACAUUGACAACGAAGGUUAUACACCACUUCACAUCGCUUCCCAAAACGGUCACGAAAAAAUUGUCGAAUACUUAGCGACAAACGGCGCUGAAAUGAAUCGCGCCGAUAAUGACAAUUGGACACCACUUUACUUAGCUUGCUUACACGGUCACGAAAAAGUUGUUGAAUGCUUGGUGACACAUAGUGCUGAGAUCAAUAGCGCUGCUGAUGGUGGUUAUACACCAUUUUACGUAGCCUCCAUCAACGGCCAUGAAAAAAUCGUCGAAUUAUUGACGACAGCCGGCGCAGAUGUCAAUCGCGCUGAUACCGACGGUCAUACACCACUUUACGUAGCUUCCCAAAACGGCCAUCUAAAAGUUGUCGAAUACUUGGCGAGAGUCGGCGCCGAAAUCAAUCGCGCUGAGAAGGACGGUUGGACACCACUUCACGUGGCUUCAUGGAAGGGCCACGAAAAAGUUGUCGAAUACUUGGCGACAGCCGGCGCCGAAAUCAAUCACGCUGAUAAUGAAGGUCGAACACCACUUUACAUAGCUUCCAAGAACGGUCACGUCAAAGUUGUCGAACACUUGACCACAGCCGGCGCUGAAAUCGAUCGCGCUGAUGACUUUGGUAUUACACCACUUGCUACAGCUUCUUUUUUCGGCCACGAAAAAGUUGUUGAAUGCUUGGUAACAGCCGGCGCCGAAAUCAACCGUGUUGACCAUGAAGGUCUAACACCCCUUGACAUAGCUUCCAUAGGCGACCACAAGAAAGUUGUCGAAUAUUUAAGGACCAUGAGCGCUGAACGAAAUUAAUCGUCUACUCAGGCGGACCAUGAAAUUUAUACCCUUCGCCCGAGGGUAUAAACUUCUAAUAAUAUCCGCUUUGAUAUUUAAAAAAAAAUCAUCUUUGCACAUUCUUCUAUUGGUUGCAUUUACUCCAAACGAAUUCAUUUAUUUACUCG